CUUGCAACAAUUAUCACCUCCUUCAAAUCCUCUCAGUACAUACCAGAGACCAUAUUCUAUCUGGAGGAGAUGAGUUUCUACCUCUCUGCUCAAUUUCAAGUUCGCAACUGUGACUCUUUUUGCGCUUUGACUACGCUCCACUUGCAAAUACUACACACUUGCAUUCCAGUCUCAAAUUUGAGCAACCCGGAGGAAGGCCAAAAUUUGACAAACUUUGUCUCCGCCAAGACAAUAUACAGUGGAAUUAACCCAAAAAUCAUUUCACGUAUGAAACUUUGUUCGAGUAAGAAGAAUAAGAGAGACAAGAACAUGGAAGACGUUAACGGAUUGCUGACUGUGUACAAGGAAGUUGUUAAGAAUAGGAGGAAACUGCCUAAACGCAGCAACGAAGAAAGAAAAGGUAAGAUGGAAUCUCAAAACAUUUAUCCUUCAUAGAUAUCUCGAACCCUUGUUAACAUAACAAAAGUUUAGCAUCCAUAAUCACAUGCAAAUACCUAUUUACAUAAAUACAGACAGCCUACACUAAGUGUUAAAGAUAAAUUAGACCCACUGCCCAUUGCAGCUGACUCACCUCUACAAACAAACCCAGUUAGGGCCACUUUACUAGUGCCAUGCUCAUUAACAGAUUGCUUUGGUCUCUUACUGUACGGUUCAAUGCAUCUGAAACAAUGGAACAUGGAAGGUAGCGCAUCGGCAUUUUCAAUCCCAGCACAUCUAGUAUGGUGCCACACACCACACAAAUCACAGGCCAACAUCCUCUCACCAUCAUCAUCCUUUGCGCCACACUUGCAAUCAACUUCCCAGUUCUCUACUCCUCUCUCCAUGCGGUAUUGGAGGAGCUCAUGUUUAGAUGAGCAUCUCCCUUUGACCCUUAUGACUCCAUUUGUGCAUAUUAAAAACUUCAGGGUAACGGAGUCAUCCAUAGAGCCGUAACCUAGGAGCUCCUCCACUUCAAACCUCUUGAACAUUGCGUACACUUCCUGAAAUGCUUUGGCAGCUUCUUUUUUCAGGUCAGAUACAGUAGCGUUCAGUGGAAAUACCAACAGCUCAGGUGGUGGGCAUGGGCAUUCAUUGGACUCGUCAGAAAGCUCGACAUGGCACCAAAGGUAGAUUGCAAAGGGAUUAACUGGGCUAGACGAAUAAUCUUUUAUGAAAUGCUUACAGUCAAGUAUCUUUGUGGCUGCAUCAAUCAAUUUAUCACUAGUAGCUUGAGACCUAAACUCGGCCUUGGUUUGUGGUUGCAAUAACGUGUCAUGUAGAUAUCUUAAGUCGCAUUUGAUUUGCUCCUCCGAUGCAUAAUUAAUGUCUUGAUUUGACAAGCGGUGCACAUUGUUGACAGGUUCAAGCCUGAAGUUGAUAACGCCAAAGGUUAAGAUUAUGCACGAGAGCAGACAACCAAUCGCAAGCAGAAAGUGAAGAGAUAUUACCUAUACUCAAAGUCGUUUGAGGCAGGCUUGCAACGAGAACAGACUACUCGAGAUCCAUCAUCCGCCAAAACGCCUCCGAAAUGCUUGAGACAAUAAUCAAUCAGCUGUGGGGAGCCUGUUUUGCAAAUAGACCUUUUGAGAGCCCACCUUUUAACCCAGUGAGCUCCUCCUGCAGCUUUUAAUAUCUUAACCAUGGUUUGCUGUACACGUUCUACAUCACUUCUACUCCAAGCACAAAGCACAUCCGUUGUGGGUUUCGCUUGCCUCUCGCGAAUCAAUUGUAGCAGAAAAGAGAAUAGGUCUCUUAGAGUCACAAGCUCCGAACAGGAGAGUGACUGGUAGAAGCCGAGAAUGGAGUGUAGCUGAGUUCUUGGCUUCCUCCCUUGGAACAUGAACUCAGAGAGAGGCAUCGCAGAUAAAGUAGUCACAGCACUCUGGUAGGCUUCUCUUGUGAGUGCGUAACUCCCAGAAUUGAGUUCAUAACCCCACUCAUUGUACCACGAACAGCCUCUAGUCACUCCAUGAAGCAAUCGGUAGUCCAUUCCAUACUUCCUGGACACAUCCAUCACACUAGCCUUCCUAACAGCAAGGGAGGAGCAAAGCCUGUCCCAGAAGUCCAUAAUGGAACGGCCAGUCAAGAAACCAGAGCCACCUUCUCUACCGUUGAGAGACAAGAGAUGUGCAUAGCCGUUGGAGUGAAUAACGCCAUGAAGAAGAUGAGUGUUGGCCUCCAGCUGAGAGUAAACCCAGUCCUCUGUGUCCAGAGCCAAGUUGCACCACUUGCAACUGCUGCCUUCGGACAAGUUCUGAGUAUAACCACACCUCGUGCAAGCCUUUUCCAUCCCAGUGUUGAGGCUCUUGCUGUCUCCUCCUGAUCUUAUGAGGAAGUGGUACCUCUUUUUACACACUGGAUGGCUACUCCAACCUUUAAACACACACACACAAAAAAGAAGAGAUUUUGCUCAGUGUACUUAUUCAACCUAUGGAAACACGAUAAAAAAAAAUAGUUUUAAACUUUUCACAAAGAGGAAUCUGCGCAUUACCAACGACUCGGCAGUGGUCACAGUAAACGGAUCUAGAGGAUCUGGUAACAUCCUCCUCCACAACGUCGACGGAGAUGAGUCUGGAAGAGAGAUCUGAA